AUGUACGGGUCUUUAACUGAGGUCGGAGAAUCUAGGAAAGCGUCGUUCGACAACGUGGGCGGGCGACUCACGAUGCAGCCGGACGCCAAACGAUGGCGGAGGCUGGUUGGAGCAGGAGCGCUUGUGCUCGGUGCCUCCGUGGCCGGUUUCGCGUCCGACAAGCAGCAAGUUCAUACCACGGCAUCACCAAGAACUUCGGGCACUACGUUGAUGGACGUCGUGACCCCGUCGGAGGAGACUCAAAAGACGAUCCACCAGACCCCGGACGUGUUGCCGAAGGUAGCUCUGCCGACAACAACACAAAAGGUAGAGACCGCAACCGCUGUGGGAGAAGUAGCUCCACUUUCCUUCCAGGCACUCAACUUCUACCACAUUCGGGAAGGCAAACCGGCGCAGGACUGCCCUGUUUGCGGCCUACGCCACAUAUUUAUCGGGUGA